UGUCAUGCGCAUCGCGUCAUUCCUUCCCGCGGGCACGACGAUCUGCUUCGAGCUUGGGCUUGGCGACGAAGUGGCGUGCGUGUCCUUCGAGUGUAAGUUUCCUCCUGCGGCCAAGGACAAGCCAAAGGUGAUUCGGUGCAUUUUCAACUCGGACGACCUAACGUCGGCGGAGAUCGAAUGUGCGGUCACGACAAACCUCGCUGCAUCGGUGCCGUUGUACGAGAUUGACGAGUCGCUCCUCAAAGACGUCGAUGUCGUGCUGAUCCAAGACCUCUGCGAAGUGUGUGCGAUCGGCCCACCCAUGGUUCUCGCCGUGCUGGAGAAGCUCCAAGUCCAACCUCGAGUGGUGUACCUCACUGCACGAACGCUAGAAGGUCUCUACAAAGACGUCAUGUCGGUCGCGACUGCCUGUGACGUCGAAGAGCGAGGCAUUGCCAUGGUGGAGUCGAUGAGAGCGCGAGUUAACCGCGUCGAACGGGCGCUCGUCGACUGUACUCCCGUGAAAACGGUGUGUGUUGAAUGGUUGGAUCCCAUCUAUAACGCUGGCCAUUGGAUGCCAGACCUCGUCCAUCGCGCCGGUGGGUACGACCCUCUCGCCGCGCCAGAAUCGUUUUCGGUCGCGGUCAACUGGACGCACGUUGCAGAGGUUCGUUUUUUGUUGGCUCCGACAAACCACCACCAUCGACAACAUGCCAGGCGACCAAUACUUGUGGCAAUGUGGUUGCAGGCGGGGGCUGAAGUGCUCGUGAUCAUGCCAUGUGGGUUUGACCUGGCGCGAACGAUCAAGGAUGCAACGGAGACCCUGAGUUCCAAACCCGGGUGGCGUGAUAUCCCGGCGGUGCGAUCCCAUCGCGUGUGGGCAUUCGACGGCAAUCGGCUCUUUAGCGGAGCGUCUCCCGCGUUGGUCGACGGCCUCGAGAUCCUCGCGUCGAUCCUGCAUCCAAAUCUGUACACGCUUGGCACGCCCUACGCCAACGACUUUUCCUUGCUCGACAUUUAGUGCACCGAGCCUUUGGCCAAGACACACGUGGUCGAGUUGUGUUUUGUUAUAACGUCGAUUUUGUUAACGAGC